AUGUCUUCCCCUCCCACGAGUCCCCGGCAGUCAUCAGAUGAUACCGGUGUCCUGCCAGCUUCAUCUCCGAACACCAGUACGAGCACUAGCGCUUCAUUGAAUCAAGUGCAACACGCAACCGAGAAGAAGCAGGAACUCAAGGAGCCGUCACUUACCCAAUCCCGAAGAGUGGCUGAGACAAUUUCGGCGCCGUUCGUACCAUUCGACGCGGAGGCUGCGAUUGUCAAGCCGUUUCAAGAGGAAACGAACCGAGAUACAGUGUUCGAACGCGAAUUUACGUCAAUGUUACUGGACAUCAUGCUCGAAUUUCAUGCCUGGUCUGCCGCACGACCCAGAGGGGAAAGCGAAUACUCCGGGCAACUCAUCGAACAAAGGAUCGGGAAAGUGAUGAGCAUAGAAAUGGAACAAGGCAGGUCGUCUACAUCCACAGUGCUUUCGCGCGCCUAUCGUAUACCGUUUCCAUUUCUUCGUUCGACGCUUAUUGAGGAUACGAGGAGGCGUCUCAGCGAUUUCAUCAAGCAGGUCAAGCUGGCACUAGAUGCGUUGACGGGAAUCCAACUGUGA